CGCUGGAACCGAUACCAAAGGGCUCUUUCGUAAUGGAAUAUAUCGGAGAGAUUAUCACAAUAGAAGAGGCGGACCGUCGCGGCCGUCAGUACGACGCCGAGGGAAUCACUUAUCUCUUUGAUCUCGACUAUAACGAUGAGGUCGACGCCUAUAAGUACGCUCUCGACGCCACUCAUUGCGGAAAUGUCUCCCAUUUCGUCAACCAUUCCUGUGAUCCAAAUCUGGACACUCGGGUCGUGUGGAUCAAUAACUUGGACCCAUAUAUGCCACACAUCGCGCUCUUUGCCAUCCGAAACAUCAGAGUUAAUGAAGAAUUAACUUUCGACUACAAAAUUAAUGUCCAACGAAUGACGAACGCCAACGACUCGUCCAUCUGUCCAUCGGAAGUGAGUUUCGAUUCGGGUAUCGAUGGGUCGACUGUUUGUGGCAAAGAACAGACCCGAGAGGAGCAGUCGCUGGCGGUCGCGUGCAGGUGUGGCGCCAACAACUGUCGACAAGUGUUGUACAGUUUGCCCUCUAUUUGAUGACCAAUUAGCCCUUAAAAGCCCAUCCAAUUAAUCAUAACAACAAAUGUUAUCUUUUUCACUAUUUAUUAUAAUUUU